AGUCUGUUCCAGCCCAGGAGCGAGAAGCUCUUCAGUUUUAUUUUUCACUUCUGUUCAGCGAUUUCUUGUACUUCACUUCGUCGAAUUGCUUCUCGUUUUCUCAGUCAGUUUGAAGUGGGGCAGUUUCUUGCGCUGUUCUUUAUCUGUUACCUCACUUUAGAAAUUAUCAUGGAAAUUUACUUGGUUGUAAGACGCAAAUCUACGAGUGUCUUCCUAGAAGCAAAGGAAAAUUGGAAGGUCCUUUCCAUUAAAGCGCAGUUGACUGGAAUUUUGAAUGUUCCUGCGGCUAACCAGCAAUUGCACAAAGAUGACACGGUGCUAGAGGAUUCCAAGACUCUCUCAGAAUGUGGAUUGAAUGUGAACACCGCGAAAGCACAGUCACCAGCACAGUUGGUAUUGGCGAUAUUGGAGGACGGUGAGGAGUUUGAAAAGCCUGGUGUUACUGAGUACUCCCAGCCUCCGGAUCUUCCGGACGUGAUGAAGCCACAAACGCCGACGACGGCUAUUACUCAGAGUGAUUAGUCUAGUUGCUAGUGUACAGUGUAGGGUUUUGCUCACCGAGGAAGUUUAUUCUGUGCCUGUCCUCGGUCAGUAUAGUGCUGUUAAUAGUCUCCUGUGCUUCUUGUCUUUUGUUCUCAGUCUAGUGUGUCUGCUGUGCCGCAGUUAGCUUCCUAUUGAUGAUGUCGCUUUUAGUCUGCUCUGUAUAUUAUCCGCUUUCUAUUUCCUUUUUGGACUGUAUGCAACAUGUACAGCAGUUGUUACAUGUUUUUUUAUCAUCAUUUGCCUCUCUUAUAGUUUACUACCGUCCAGAAUGAUUUCUAUAGUUGCUUUGUGUUGGCUGAAACACUAUCACCAUCAUAACAUGAUUGUAUUCUUUGCCGAGAUAAUUCACCCAUGCAAUACAUUUCAUUUUGCUCUCAUCAAAAUCUCAUGAAAUGGUAGUUAUUUUCGCUACUACCAAUAACAGUAAUACAACGUCAUGCUACUACAUUAUGGUAUGUACCCGGACAUGUUGCAGCUUUGAAAAUGAAAGGUUUGAUGGACAGUCUUCAUGAAUGGAGGCAGUGGCAGCAAAUGAA